CAGAGCAACCCUAGCUGCGCGAGCUCCGACGGGGUCCCUCUCGAGCUCGUGUUCCUAGGUUCGUCGCGGUUCUCUGCACCAGACCGGUCAGACCGGUCGGCGCAACUGGUCAGACCAGUUCGCCAGAGGCUUGCUGGUGUUGAUCGUUUUGACGAUCGUUUGCGCGUUUUAGCGCACUCGAGUGUGUUGGCGCGAUUCUAUGUCAACACCUACACCCUUUCAGAUUCAAACACAGUAUCUUAUGAAUGUAGAGGACCCCCAAAGCGCAAGAAGAAGACACAACUAGCACCAGCAUUAACUGAAAGAAGUCUUGUGCCUGUGAAUGACACUAUGCCAGGUAGGAUGCUUUUCCCAGGAAUACCCAGUACAACAUCUUCUGGGAGCCAAAGGAACAGCACAAGAACCACUGGGAAGAAGAGGAAGAGCACAAGCACAAGCACCAGAACUUCAGCUGCUGCAAAGAAGAAAAAAAGUUGCACAGCAUCUACAGCUUCUGAGUCCAUCAGUAAAAAAUCUGGUAGUGGGUCUAACCAGAUUGAUCUUGUCACUGUCAGCCCUGAAAUCCCAAAUGAAGGACUGCAGCAGAAUCACUCUGGUGGUCAAACCUCCAAGCUACCUACAAGAAAGAAAAAGGAAGCAACUGCUGUGGUGGAAGCACAAAGACUAGGGAGUCCAGCCAUGAACACAAGAAGCAAGGUCCCAACUUCUCUAGACAACCCUGCAAUGGGAACCAGGAGCAAGAGAAAGUUGAAUAUUUGAUGUGUCACAACUUCACUUUGUAAACUUAUGGGUGGUCUGCUUUUGAACUUGUAUGCCCAUUCUGGAUGGUGCAAACUGAUGUGUGAUCUGCUUUUUGAACUUGUUAGCCUGUUAUGGAUGAAACAAACUACCGUGGUUUGCUUUACAUAGUCUAGCUACUCUCUGAGCCAUGUGAAUGUGCUCUUUUGUUUAUCUAGAUGACCAAAACUGUGAUCUUGUUAUUUCCAAUGUCACUGUGAUCUAGUUAUUUCCAAUGCUAGUGUCUGAUGUGCCAUAUGUCAGUGUCCAGUUUUUCACAUAUUACAAAGAGUUAUAAAUCUGGGUUUCAUUCAUGAGAUUCAUUCAUACAUACAUCCAUCCAUACAUUCAUACAACCAUUCAUAAAGCCAAAAGCAUUCCAUCUUAGUACCACUAAAGCCACUACUUCUACUUAUUCAUGAUUACAUACAGAACAAGCAUGAUGUAAACAAAAACUAGCUUCUCGAUCCAUUUGAGCUGCUCCAAGAUCCUUUCUUCAACCAUCCUUCUACCAUGGAUGUCAACCAGAACAGGUCCUGCUCUUGGCGCCACAUCUUCCUCAGCUACAGCAACAGGUCUUGGCGCUUCAGGUUUAGGAACCAGAGGAAGAACAGGAUGAACUCGAGUUCCACCAUGCUCAGAUGUCUACCCCAUCAUGUCCUCCCAAAUGAAAAACUGGCAUCCGCCCGCCUAUAAAACAGGAAAAACAAGCAUCCCAAAACAGCAAAAAAAUCAUGCAAUGCAAAAAUGCUCU